GUCUGUAUUAAACAAGACCUCCGAGACCGAGUUCAUAAAGAGGAUGGCUUGCAAGGGUGAAUUUAGUCAUCACAGCAUGAUCCGAAGGACCAUCUAAAAGGAAUUUUUUUGCAGCCCCUCAAAAUGAAGGGUCUUUACCUCGUGGAGCCUGUGGUUGCCCUGUACGCCUUCUCCAGUUUUCUCAUCUAUCCUCUCAUACAGCAGUAUGUGUACCGGACUCUCUGGCAGCAGAUGACAAACACCACCUUUCCCAUCUCUGACAACACCUCCAGAUGUGCAGCAAACAGCAGCGGCAACCAGUCAAGCUACCAUAAGGAGGUACAGAGGCAGGCAUCUCUCUUCUCCCUUUACUCAGAGCUCUUAUCCACUAUCCCCUCUUUGGCUGUCACUCUCAUGCUUGUGGCCUACAGUGAUCGUGGGGGACGCAAGAUCACAAUCAUCAUGCCUCUGAUUGGCACGUUGAUCUACACCUUGGCCUUCCUGACGGUGUCCUACUUUGAGCUCAGCAUUUACUUGCUCAUUGGCGCCUCGCUUCUCAGCUCUCUGUUUGGCGGCUUGAGCACAUUUCUGGGGGGCUGUUUCGCCUACGUAGUGGACUUGUGCAAGGAUGAUCGUCAGAGGACGCUGCGCAUGGCUGGACUGGACAUGAUGAUUGGCCUGUUGUCUGGGGUGGCCUCAAUAUCAACAGGCUACUUUCUGAGAGCUGCAGGCUUUAACUGGCCUUUCGCAACUGCUGCGUUGUGCCAGUGUUUGAUACUACUCUAUGCAAUAUUCAUCCUAGAAGAAACCGUGAAGAAGCCUCCCACUGAUGCAGUUGUUGUAGAUGGGGCCCCUCAGCAUACAGCCUUGAAACAGAUGAUCUAUGGGGUCUACCAGAUGUUUGCAGGGGCCAGCUGCAGGUCUAAAACUGUCUUGAUCCUCCUGAUACUCAUCUUCACCAGCUUCUCCUUCGUCUAUAUGGGUGGGAUUUCCUUGGUAACAUUGUACGAGCUCAAUGAGCCACUGUGCUGGACUGAGAUUUUGAUUGGCUACGGCUCAGCGCUGUCCAGCACUGUGUUCCUGACCAGUUUUGUGGGAGUGUCAGCGUUCACGUACUGUGGUAUGCCCUCGCUGCUCAUUGUCCUGAUAGGGAUCCUGUCCGUCAUGGCAGGCAUGGCCCUACUGGCAUUUGCUAAGACCACGUUACUGAUGUUUGUAGUGAGGGUGCCAUUGCUUCUGUCUAUCAUGCCUUUCCCCGUUCUGCGCUCCAUGAUGUCAAAGAUCAUCUCAAAGUCUGAGCAGGGGGCCCUGUUCGCCUGUCUUUCCUUCCUGGAGAGUUUAACAACCAACGUAGCGGGUGCAGUUUUCAACAGUGUGUAUGCUGCUACGGUGGCAUGGUUCCCUGGCUUUGUCUUCCUUUUGUCUGCAGGACUCUGUGCCAUCCCUUUGUUUGUCCUAGGGGUGGUGGGACUGAUAGGAGUGGAUGUUACCAAAGAGGUUAGAAAGCCAGAGGCUGCCAUCUCAGGGGAGGAGGAUCCUGUUGAUGAUCACAAUGACAACAAUCCUCUCCUUACCUGAGCCACAUGGACUGCCAAAACCUCACCAGCACUUUCUUCACUUUUUUCUAAAGCCAUUUCAGUCAAAGAUAAUUUUUUCCAAUAGUAUGAUGGCUUGAUGAAUCUUAGCUUUUGUUUGCUGUGGUUUUUGUGCUACUGAAUUUAAAUAUGUUGAAAAUAAAACAGAGAGUUGUAGGAAAACAAUAAGGGACAUUACAGUAUGAUGUUAAAUGAAGAAUUGUGUGUGAGCCUUCUUAGACAUUCUUUAUACCUCAAAAUGGCCUGACUGUGACAUUACCAACAUAUUCAAAAGAAGUUUAUGUGUUCUCAUCGAGCUUCACAGUGUGAUAUGAUUUACAUUUCUAAAAAUUAAGUUGCAGGUAUGCAAUUCCAGUCUGUCCCCCCUUGUCUCUCUGUCUCUGCUUUUACAACCCUCAUUCCAAUAAAAGGUGGGAUGCAGUGUAAAACAACUCAAACUAAACGUGAUCAUUUUCUCAUCUUUUUUUUAAGAGUCCAAAUACAAUAUAUUUAAUAUUUGACCUCAUCAGCUUCAUUGAUUUUUCUUAAUAUCUCCUUAUUCUGAAUUUGAUGCAGCAACACAUUUCAAACAAGUUGGGACAGGAGAAACCAAAGACUGAGAAAGUUGUGGAAUGCUCAAAAAACACCAGUUUGGAACAGAGAGUGUCAUGACUGGCUGUGAAAAGGGCACACAUAACGCAUGAUUGUGUGAAGAAUAUUACUACAUGGGCAAAUGAUUACAUUCUGUUUUUAUUAAUGUUUUACACAGUGUCCCAACAUUUUUGGAGUAUAGCACAAAUCUUGUUUAAAAUGAAAGAUAAUAAGCAACUUAAAAACAAAAUUAUGCAUUUCAGUCACUAAAACCCACAUGAAGUGAUGUAAAAAUUAAUCAAUAAAUCUGAUCAAAGCCAGGCAGGCAGAAGUAACUCUCAGAAGAAGAUAGGAGGGUUUUUUUAAAGGACCAAUGUGUAGAAUUUAAUGCCAUCUAGUGGUGAGGUUGCAAAUUGCAACCAGCUGAAAACCCCUAGCCUCUCCCCUCUGUGUCCAAGCCUGUGCUCCUGUAGAAACACAGUGGUACAACAUGGUGGUCUGAAUGGACAAGUACCCACUCCCUCUAUAGAUAUAAAGAGCUCAUUCUAAGAAAAAAAAAGGUUCUUAUUUUCAGGUGAUUAUAAGCUGAUAAGAACAUACAUGUACAAUUUAUAUUCAAUUUCUGCCAUAUUCUGCUGAUGGAGCCCCCUAAAUCUUACACACUGGACCUUUAAAAGAACCAAUCAGCGCUUUAAUAAAUUAGUGGUUUCUGUUUUGUUUCCCAGGGGAAAACUUUCCAUAAGUUUUGUUUUUGUUUGUUUUUAUGGACAUAUGAAUUGUUUUUGACUUUAGUUACCACACAGAUGGAUCACGUGUGAGUGUAAUGUUGUAUAGACACAGUUCCAAAUGUUGUUUCAUAGUUCUCUCAAGUGUAACUGAAAAUGAAAAAAUGUAGUAAAUGUCUUUUUUUUUUUUUUUUUUUUUUAAAGAUUAUUAUGUGGAGGUUUUGGUGUUUAUCUCAAAAGUGCAAAUAAUCUCAAACAUUGUGAGCCUGUGAUGUCUAUAAUCCUGUGCCUUUAUGUGGAUGUUAAUACCUUUGUGUGAGCAAUAUUUAAAAGAAAUAAAGAAAUUAAAUGGAGGACCAACCAUCAGGAAGACUAUGCCGUUGAAGAGAGAAAUGCAUGAAUCCUUCCUUCCCUGAAACUACGAAUGAAGAUGUUCUGUGUCUGAAACAGCGAUAAUGAGAACUAGUGAGGUCCUUUCCCUUGCAACAAUCAGCUGAAUCAACUAAUUAGGGAUUCAGUCAAUAGGAAUAUGCAGACUUUGUUAUCAUGUCUAA